AUGGUUGCCCACGGACAAGUCCAGCCCUCCCGUUCAAAAUCCCGAGUCGUUGAUCAGGGCGUUGAAAAGAAAACUUUGCCCACUAUUGUUGGAGAGCUAGAGCCAGUCAUUACCAAUUUGGUGAAAAACGCCCUGUCCAACCCAGCUACAUGGCCUGGUGGGCUGCCAACCACUCCGGUCUGUGCCUUCGGACUAUCCACGCCGCCGCUAGAUACCGACGAACUGGAGAAGCAGUUGGUAGAUGUUGCUGAGACCAGCUGUCAGUCUGAAUAUACCGACUUUGACUCCCCUGGCACUUUCGAGCCUGGAGAGAUCAACCCCGGAAAUUUCAAGGCCGAAAAGCAGCAUAGUCCAAUUUCUCGGUCUGAGGAGCCUGUUACAAUGGGUCAGUUGAAAUGCCUGCUCCAAGCUGUGCUGGAACACAAACCUCAAUCGACUUCGGAGAUUGCGGAUAGUGAUCUGGUCGACAACCAGCAGAAACAGGAAAGAGUUGGAGCCUCCAUACCAGACUACAAAAUCAUCCUUGAAAAGUGGGAGAAACUAAUCGACGAAGGGCAUUGUUCAGUUGGAUCAGCUGUGGCUACUGAGCCUGCCCAGCCCCCCUGUGCUCGUAAGGAACAGGAAGAGAACGUUCAGGCGGUAGAUGAAAUUGAUCUCAAGAGUCCGAUCUGCACUACCCCAGAAGAUUUCAAAUCGUUCGAAAAGUGGGCCUCGACACCCCAACUGAAGACGGUCGUGGAAACCUGGGACAAAGACACGAGCAGAUACAAAAUCGGAGAGCCAGUGGAGACCAACAGUAGUCUGGACGACUAUGCUGGAUAUGCAUUCGUUGUUCGCGAACGUGUUGAACGACAUUCCAAGGAAGUCACGAUUUACAUAGACAUCAAAUCUGAAGGCCUGCGCGACAUCCUGCGGGUAGUACUGCAUGACAUCAAAGCUAUUAGCCUGAUGGAGGACAAGCCAUCGAUCGAGCGAAACAUCCUUUUUCAUUUUCUCCCAGAGCUUGACAAAUAUGCGGAGAAUAACAGCGCAGACUCUGCCUUCCCACGGCAGAACCUCUGCUUGCUUAUCGACCACCUCAAGCAAGCGUAUUCCUCAACCACGCACCGUCUCGAGUCAAUGCUGCAGCACGGUCACAUUACUUAUGACCUUAUCUGGGCGCUUUUCAAACCGGGCUCCCAUGUUUUCACGACAUGCCUGGGCACACAAGAGCCUCGAUGUGUUAUAUUUGACGCAGGGGAAGAGAUAACACAAAAUGACGAGACGUGGUUUAAUCUCGAAUGCCGAUUCCUUGAUUACGACGGGGUUAAGUUCGGCGAGGCUGGUAUCUUUCUGCGUGUGCCAAAGUUCCGGGGGUCACAGCCGAUCGAGACCCUUGAGGCCUUCCCUCUCUGCUAUCAUCCAAGGCACCAGCAAGUCCGAAAAGACUUGGUCGGGAGAGGCCAAAAGUUUCGGGAUUUGGCCGGCUCGCACAUUCGGCACUGCAAUGGCAGCGCAUUCUUUAUGAACAAAGGAAAGGCAAUCAGAGUCAACAUCAAUAGCCGAGUGGCAGUGGACGCCGCAUUUUUCCAUGAUAUGCAGCCAAACUACUCCCGACCGUCGCACCGCCACCUAGGGGUCAAGGACAAGAAUGGAAUUGCAGUUUUUGACCUGGGUGCGAUGCUGAUGGAGGACCGCGAGCGACAGAAGGAGAGAAUGCAAGGAGACGGCAUGGAGGCACAAAAGUUGUGCGAGGCCAAUUUCUUGGUUGCCUGCCCAACUGUCUGCUGUUUCAGUUUCAAGGAGAAAAUGUUCUUGGAAUGCGCAGUCAGUGCUCUUGGGAACGUGGAUUGGUCCCCUGAAUCGUUCGACUGCCUGCAGAUCCCUUCAGAGACCAAGACCAUUCUCUUAUCAUUGGCGAAAACUCGCCUAGGGAUGAUACCGACGGUACCGUUCGACGACGUAAUAGAUGGAAAGGGCCAAGGAUUCAACAUUCUUCUAGAUGGACCACCGGGAGUCGGAAAGACUUUCACAGUUGAGGCUACCUCGGAGUAUUUUAAGCUCCCGCUCUAUUCGAUAUCCGCAGGCGAACUUGUUGUCAACCACGGAGAUUCCAAUGCGCUUGAGCAACAACUGGAAAUAAUAUUCAAGAUCGCCAAACACUUUAAUGCUGUGCUUCUUUUGGAUGAGGCAGACGCGUUUAUGGAGCGGCGUGAAUCUUACCACGAUACCCACAAUUGCCUUGUGACGAUUUUCCUCCGAAAGCUGGAAUAUUAUCAAGGAAUUCUCUUCUUGACGUCAAACAGGGGUAUCCAGUUUGAUGACGCAAUUCUCAGCCGGACCCAUUUGGUCAUUGAAUAUGAGAAUUUAACGAGAGAGUUUCGCAGAGAUCUCUGGUCAACUUUUCUGGCCAAGGCGUGCACAAUGAAAGGACCUGCCGUUGUUGAGGAGCACGAACUCCAACAAUUGGAGACUUUAGCUCUGAAUGGACGAGAGGUGGGUGUCCAAGUCGCUGCACUGCCUUUCACUUGCCGACUAAUCGAGAACCAGAUCAAAAACAUCGCAGCGAUUGCACACGCGCUCGCGGAGGCUGACUCAAAUCUGGUGAACUACGAGUACUUGAAGUUAGCCGCCGAAUCGAAUAGGAAAUUUUCAAAGGAGUUUGGCAGAGAGAGGCCUGCUGAUGGAAUGUAUGUCUAA